AUGACUUCCGCACCCGAGAAAGCCGCUCCAAAUGCAGCAGAACGCAAAGGGCAUCUUGAACGUCUGCGGAUACUCGAACGCCGGGUAUACGACACGGAGAAUGUCUUGUAUAAUGAGGCCGAGCUCAGUGACCUCCAUAUCUCCGCCAAGCCCUUCACGUUAAAUGAGAACGGAGAACCUACUUUUAAGCCAUGUUUUUUCAAUCCUUUCAGGGGCAAUCUCGAGGAACACCCGUACGUCGGCGAACUCGAAGGCGAUGAAAUGGAAUGGCACUCCUACGAUGAGACGAACGAAAUUUCACCAAUGGGCUGGGCUCAACUCACGUUCGAAUAUUGGCAGGAUUAUAUGUUUGCCCAAUCAUUCGAGUUCAAGAAGCGGACUGGUACCGAUGUACCUGCUAUAGUGUGCAGAUCGACUAACCACUAUGCACUCGACCUGGAGGAGUGCAACGGUCCUGUGGCUUGGCUUUCAUGGGGUCUUGGCCACAGUCGAGAUUUUCCAAAACGUCCACAUUUUCUCUGCUUAAUGACAACCGAUAUAGAUGGUGAAAACGACAAGCUCACUCGAGGGGAAUUGCUUUGCAUCCUUCGGAUGCAGGAGAAAUUCCAUACAGUCCCGUUCCUGAAGCAACACGAUAUUUUCCCAGUUUUGAUUAUCUCGUUCAUGGGGCCCCGACAUGCGCGAAUGCUCCAAGCCCAUUACGAUGGUUCGGAAUUGAUUAUCCACAAGACCGUUCUCUAUGAUUUUACCGGGGACAGGAACGUGAAGGCCCUGUCGCUUUUCUCACGAUGGGCUGCUUCUUCUGGCAUUGGGAGCACGAGCUAG